GGGCCCUCUCGCUGCCGGUAAGGGAACAGUUAUGUAGUUUAGUGGAUAAGCAUGUGGAAUUCUCUGCAACCCUUUUCAAGAUGUUGGUCUUUGGAAGAGACAGUGGCUGCUUUGAAAUUUCUGUAGUGGCUUUAUUGAAGGAGAAUUCCUAAGGCAGCAGGAUUGUGACUUGCACAAUCAGCAACGGGAAAAAUGACUGAGCCUAAUAAUAACUUGUCUUUACAUGAGGAUGUUAUAAAUGGUACUUCAGACUUGAGUGAAGUGAAAAAGCCAGAUGAAAAAGAAUCUGUUGUAAAAAGAACAAUGACUCUGAUUGAGAAGAAUGGCUGUCACGACACCAUAUACAUGAACGCAGCUAAGAUUUUUCAAGGCAUUCAUACUGAAAAGGCUAAGGAUAGAAUGCUGGUGCGGUAUGUGGGUGACUCAGCACCUCCCGCGCUGGCUUUUAAAGAUGUGUCUUCCCAGCGUCUGUCUUAUGAACUGGCUUUCAAUGCUCUAAAAUAUCAAGAUCUUCUUGAAGAAAUUCUGUUAGAUAGUUGUGUCUACCCAUGCCGUUCAAUACCAGAUGAAUUAACCAGCUUGCUUGUUGUGAUGCUUUAUGACCUACAAGACCGAAAGUUUCAAGCACGAGAGAUUUCUGAUGAAGAUGAACCUGUAGCAGACGUUCGGAAAAUAGAGCGUUAUCUAUACAGUUUUAAGACCAAAUUGGCAGCUGCACUGGCAAGAUAUCGCAUCAAACAUGAUGCUCCUUCAAUUGAAUAUGUUCUGCCAGAAACCCUACGGAAGCAGCACCAAAGGGCUUCUGCUUUACCAUUGUGUGUUUGGAUAAACACAUUUAAAAUCAGCCUUGAAGAUGUUUUCAGAGAUUUGAAGGAGAAAGGAUUCACAAGAGUUGAGUCUGUGUCAGACUUGGACCGUUACACGUAUGGUGUGGACCAGCAUUGUGGUGAUGUGUUGGUUUUUCCUUCCUCUUUUAAAGAAGAACUGCUUAAUUUAGAUCUUUUUGCAGAUAGCAAACUCUUACUGCAGGAUAAGUCUCGCAGCCUUGCUGUACACGCUGCACAGGCACAGCUGAAUUCAGGUGAUGACAUUAUAGUGGCUCAUGUAGGCUCCCAUCUGACCAUUGCCCAUUUGUCAGUGCUGACAAAUCACAGCAUGUCCACAGUCUUUGUUUGUGGUGUGAAAUCUUCAGAAAAAGAAGCAGAACUGAGGAACUUUUUCAGCCACAUGGAAUGUAAAAAUAUUCAGCUGUUACAUGAAGACUUCACGGAGAUUGGACCAACAGACCCAAAACUUCAAAAGGCAAAAGUUAUUUUGCUGCUACCACAGUGCUCUGGACUGGGGGCUGGCGACCCAAUAGACUUUAUUUUAAAUGAGCAUGGAGUUAAGGAAGUACAAGCUAUUGUUUACUGCACUUGUUCAGUUUACCCAGAAGAAAAUGAAGGAGUAGUGAAGAAAGCACUGGAAUCUGAAGUGGAAGGAGAUAAAAUACAACCAUAUAGGCUUAUUCCUCCUGGUUUUGACACUUGCUCUGAUUCACAUGCUUCCACUGAAACUUUUUUCAAAACAGAGCCAUCAGAAAUCUCCAGUGGCUGCUUUCUGGCUGUUCUGGCAAGAGAGAAAGAUUCUUCUGAAAAUCUGUCUGCUGAAGACAUUUUGGGUCAGGCUGCAGCAAAAGGACUACUAGAUGGCAUUCUUGUAGGAAAACCAAAGAAAGGGGGAAAAAAGCAGAAAGUAACACAACUUGCACGUAAUAAUCUUGCUGGUGGUGUAAAGCUGAAGGUUGCAGAGCUCCUUCACCGUCAAACCGUAUCUAAUAUUAAGGCUGAAGUUGCUGUGUCUAAAGCAGUCAGUAACGUACAACAGAAGAGUAUGAGCCGAACGAAAAGCAGUGUUCAGCUGAAGAAAUCCAUCCGCCCCAUUUCAGCCAGAUCUCUGCCUAAAGUGCUGAAGCACACACGUCCAUUGUCACCUGUGGGCAAGGCCUAUGGCAGGCAGACUCCUGAUAGAAAGGCACAUGCAGAAGACAAGCGGGUUGUACUGAAGCCUGCAAAAAUUAUGUUUCCUCCAGUGACAAUGCCAUACCUAAGUUCACAAGGAAACAAAGCCGGGAUAUCAGCUCAUCACUGCUUCCACUGCUGGAGUGGAGCAAAGGGUUUCCAUGGCAGGAUACUUCUACCACCUCUGUGUAAAACAGUCAGGCCAGCUGUGCUUCAUCCUCGACCAUGGAUGUAGGAAUCUUCACACAUUGCCCUGCCUUUAUACAGAAGGUAAAGAUUCCUGUAUGUAUUAAUCAAUACGCUUAGAUUACAGGAUACCUUUAUGCAGGAUAAUCUUGCUGUGGGAAGGAUAUAUAUUAUGGGAUAUUUGCAUAGAAAUAUCCCUGUUUGUUGUUUUAAAACCAGUAAUUACACUUAAAAGUGAAUGGAACUCAGCUGCGUAAGGCUGAUAGACUGUUGGGGGGUGUAAGGUCAAAAAAGCUAGAGCUUCCUGCUAUAUACUUUAAAGUAGCAAGUCAAAACAUACACACCACCCUCAGCUGCACAGAUCUGUAGGAAUACUCAAUUUCAAAUUGUUUUUUUAAAGUGAGACUGCAUUUUUUAAGUGACUAUUUCUCUUUACAAGUACUAGACACCAUUUAGACUCUGACACAUGGAAACUAAGCUUUGCAUAGUGAGCCAGUUAGCUCAGCUUUAGUUCUAAAACUAGAUGUGAACUUUGGUACAGGCAACUGGCGAAGUGCACUAAAGCCCAUGCACAGGUCUUCUACUACUUACUCCCUUGGUGUCUACUCAGCUGUGCCCCAAAAUCCUAACACUGAAAACUGGAUAAAAUAUUCUCAUGCUAAAAAUAUGGAAUACUCAUAAUGUCAUGUCAGACUAUGUCAUAGCUCAUAACUGCUUUUCACAACUUAAGACAAGCAUCUCUCAGUUGAAAAGAGCUGCUACUGUCCAAGCAAGUUAUUUUUGUGUUCCUGCAAUCCAGCUGAAUAAUGACAACACAGAGUGGCUUGUCUCUGGAAAGAGCUGUGAGCUUCUAACCCACUCCCUCUUGCUAGCAAAUAUAAAAUACCUGUAAAGUAUUCACAAUUG